UAACGUCAAGGCAGCCCAAAACAAAAUAGAUGCAGUUUUAGCUUAUCGUUGCUCUUUAACUUUCCAUUCUCUCCUCCCUUUUCUUGACUCAUUCUCAGAUUCUUCAUCACUUCAGACAUGGCAUCCAAAUUCGCUCUCAAAGUCGGUUCGCGGUCCAUUCCAUUAGUUGCAGCUUCAGACAAGAUCAAUCUUCAGGCGGUGUCAGAGUUCAAACCGCUUCAAGACUGGGCAAAACUGUUGGCAAAAGAGGAAGCAGCACCAGCAGCGACUUCUGGCAAUGACGCUCAACAGACUGGAGAUGCUUCUCAGUCUGCUGAUAAACAAUCCAAGAUUCCUAUCAAGGUUGACAAGAUUGAAAUCAGAAACGUAGAAAAUUUUGGUUCGCGUGUUGGCUUCGUCAACCUAGCAGUUGAUGCUGAACUCACAGAGACUGGCCAAAAGCCCCCAGGGCUUGUUUUUAUGCGCGGUGGAGCAGUUGGAGUGCUUUUGAUCAUCAGAUCCAAGAAACCAUCGGGUGGAGCAACCGAGCACGUAGUGCUCACUAAGCAAGCAAGGCUCGCUGUCCCAUCUUUUGCUUUUCCAGAGAUUCCAGCAGGCAUGUUGGAUGGUAGUGGCGACUUUGUGGGUAAAUGUGCAGAUGAGCUCAAAGAAGAAUGUGGCAUCACCCUUGAGCACGACAAGUUGAUUGAUAUGACACAACUUGCUUAUGGGUCCGAUUGGAGAGGUGUCUACCCAUCUGCAGGCGGAUGCGAUGAGUUUCUGCGGUUGUUUCUCAGCCGAAAAGAUAUGGAAUGGAAUGAACUACAAGCGUUAGAGGGUCGUCUCGGGGGGCUACGCGACCAUGGCGAGAAUAUUACCUUGUCAUUAGUUGAACUCAAGGACGCGUACAAGGCUGCACCAGAUGCCAAAUUGCUUAGUGCUCUGGCGCUCUUUAACGCACUGAAGACCGAAGGCAAGAUCGAGUAGAUAGUCUUUCCCUCUUCAUUGUGAAUAAUAUUAAUAUAAUGUAC